AUCCUUAGAUUUUUUGCCAAAACAAGUGCUGACCAAAAAGAAUUGCGAGUUGCAGAAUACAUUGAUAAGAAUCAAUCAGAAAAAGUCAAUCCAAAUGCAGACACAGUCAUUAGAAACGCAUGAUAUAAUACAAUUAUAGGUUAACACGUUCAUUUCGACUUACGUAGUAUAUAUUCUGCAAAAUUGAAAUUCAAACAAAAUGUCUAAGAAGACUUCAAGCAACUGCAUGUUGGCACGAGAAGUGUGCCAGUUGAAAGCAUUGGUUCGAGCACAGAACAAACAGCUAUGUCUACUGGUUAAACAGGUGAAGGAUAACUGCAAACAGGAGGGGCAGUCUGGAUCUGAAACCAAGGAGAGUACGUUGCGAAAUUUGAAUCCCUGUAUAAAAUGCCUUAAUCCAGACUUCUUGUACCACCUGGGGAUGGAUACGGAGAGCACGAAUUUCCCAAAUGUUUUUGGCGAUGUACGAUUUGUUUGCCUAAGUGGCCCAGCCCAACGGGCUGAGAAAUUUGCAUCGUAUUUUAUGGAGGCCAUUGGACUGAAAUUGAAUGCGGCUGUCAAAUUGAAAGAUUUGGCUGCAGGUGGUCAUCGUUAUGCCAUGUUUAAGGCGGGUCCAGUGCUAUGCGUUAGUCAUGGAAUCGGCUGCCCAUCGUUAAGUAUUGUGCUGAAUGAGCUUAUUAAAAUGAUGCACCAUGCCAAGUGUCACGAUCCGGUAUUCAUUAGAAUUGGCAGCUGCGGCGGAAUCGGAUUGGAAAGUGGAACUGUCAUAAUCACCAAAGAAGCCGUUAAUGCCGAGCUUACACCCAAGUAUGAAGUGAUAGUCCACGGAAAGCCUGUCCAGUACCCCGCUCAAUUGGACGAGGAUCUAGCCAAGGAGCUGCAUUCCAUUGCUGAUUCUUGUAAUGCCGAUUAUGAUACCAUACUGGGCAAGACCAUGUGCGCCCAUGACUUCUACGAAGGUCAGUCACGUCUCGAUGGGGCAUUCUGUGACUAUACGGUCGAGGCGAAGAAGGCCUACCUCCAGAAGUUGGCUGACAAUUGUGUUACCAAUAUUGAAAUGGAAAGCUUGGGUUUUGCCGCUAUAACCCACAGGGCCGGAAUAAGGGCAGCCGUUGUUUGUUUUACCAUUGUCAAUCGUUUAGAGAAUGAUCAGGUUACCGCAUCACCGGAAACGAUGGGUGAGUGGCAGUCACGACCUCAAGAGCUGAUAGCUCGCUAUAUACGCAAAUCCAUCUACGGAUCUGACGAUACUUGCGAAGAGGACGACGAAGAGCUGAAAAAAUGUGACUGCGAUGAGAAUGCAGGUUGCUGCUAAUCCGCUUGCCACGAAAUACUUAAUACUUAAUACUAAUCAGUCAAAUUAACUCCAACGUUUCCAUGGUGACAUUUGUAAAAAAUUUAAUUUCUAAUAAAAAUUAAAGGUUUGUAAUCGUCCAAA